GUGAUCAGUCAGACUCUCAGCCCGACAUGGAAUCAGUGUUUGCCGAUGGGCCGCCUGAUGCUGAGUGGAGACCUGCAGCACAUCCAGGAGGAGCCACCACGCAUUGUCAUCGAGGUGUACGACGAGGACGCACUGGGUAAGGCGGAGUACCUGGGAGCCACGGUGGCAGUGCCUGAGGUCCGGCUGGCCUCCGACGCCUACACCCCCCCGACUCUGCAGUACAGCUCGCUGCACUGUGGCAGCCAGCCUGGGGGAGACCUGCUGGCUGCAUUCGAACUACUGCAGAUCCAAAAGUCCGCAGAGCAGCGUCUGCCGGCGUUGGAGGAAGGAGAAGACGGCUUCUACACAGUCCCUGCCAACAUCAGACCUGUUCUCAGUACCUACAGGCUGGAGGUGUUAUUCUGGGGUCUGAGAGAGCUGAAGAAGGUUCAGUUCCUGUCUGUUGAUCGUCCACAG